UAUUGACAUUGUUGACGAAGUAUAUAGAGUUAUGAUUUAAUUUAAUUAUCGGAUCAAACAUGAUGUUAAAAUUUCAAUAAAUAAAUUAAAUAAUAAGGACGAAAUACCUUUGUAAAUAUGUAUUUUCCCAUAGGAUGGCCCAAAGUUCUGAAGAACUUAGGAACAGAAUCAAUUAUGCAAAUAGUGUCCAAUAGAGACAAAAUUUUGUUUGCAUCACUAAGCGAAGAAUGUUUUGCUGUUUGGUUUUGUAAGCCUAGUGUUCCAAUAGUAUACCACAGACGUACAUCAGAAUCUAUACAAAGACUUGGAGUGAAUGUUGGCAUUGAAUGGAAACCAGAUUCAUCAAUGAUAUGCAUAUCGACAUCGGAGGGCCAUUUGAUAUUAUAUAAUGUGGAAUCUCAAAAUGAACAAUCAGCAUAUCAGCAGUGUGAUCCACCAACGGCAAGCCUUAGAAGAGAUUCAGCGGAACUGUUUGUCAAAGAAGUUAUAACAUCACUGAAAAUCACUUUGUUCAAAGAGAUCCUUGUAUGGGACGGUCAUAUAACAAGAAUGUGUUGUAUAUCAGGCACAGAAAUACUCGUGUGCACUACAAGAGCUCAUCUACUGAGAUAUCGUUGGGACGGCAGUCAAAAUAGGGACUACUGUCUGGAUCUUGGAAGGAUCCCAUUUUCUAUCAAUCAACAAGUCUCGAAAGCCGAACCAAUUCUAGAAGACAACACACAUGUCAACGACAUUGAGUAUUCUCCACUAGUGUGUGGUUUUGGCAUAACUUUAAACGAUGGCAGAGCGGCUUAUCUCACAGCACCCAAUCUUAAGUUUGAUCCCAACGCAGUACAGGGUAUUUGGGCUCAGGGCAUCGACGACGCUACCUGUGUCAGAGUGAACCACAAGUUCCGGCUCAUAGCUAUUGGUAGGAGGAAUUCACAAAUAGAUGUUUUCACCAUCGACGAGUUGACGGGUGGGUUGGAACUCUCCCACACUAUGCUCCUCAGUUCAAAGGACUUUCCUGGUGACCCUGGACCGGUUAAAUGUAUGAGGUGGUCGGGCGACGGUCGCGCGGUGGCAGCUUGUUGGGAACGUGGCGGAGUGUCCGUUUGGAGCACCUUUGGAGCCCUGCUCGCGUGUUCCCUGGCGUGGGACUACGGCCUAAGUCGAGAUCUCGCCAAGGACAACCCUCUAGUCGUGUGCAGUAUGGAGUGGGCGACGGAAGGCUAUCAGCUCUGGAUGGUGAAAGUCGAGGACGAGACAAGGUCCAAUUUGAUACAAAUGGAUUUCGUUAAAAGCCCCCUCACUGUAAAUCCUUGUAUGAGCAACCAAAGACAUCUGUACUUGCAAGCCGAUGACAAGCUGUACAUCAAUUUAGAGGACAACCUGACCCGGCGUACCAAAAUAACAAUGGAUGAUUUCUCCGACCUGUAUCAAGAGAAUGGCAACGACCAGUCCUUGGAGUACGAGAGCGCGGCCAAGUACAAGGAGUUUGUUGACGAUAACGAGUGCAGGAAGCAGUGGACAGUGCUGCAACUGCCAGCCACUUACAUAGCCAGCAAUUGGCCCUUGAGAUACAGUGCGGUGGACACGAGCGGGGCCCACGUGUGUGUAGCGGGCCGGGCGGGCCUCGCACACUAUAGCAGUGUAUCGCGACGAUGGAAGUUGUUCGGUAACGAGGCCCAGGAGAGAGACUUCGUGGUCACCGCGGGCCUGCUGUGGUGGAGGGACUAUAUCAUAGCGGGCUGCUACAGCAUGACGUCAUCGCACGACGAGCUCCGCCUGUACCCCCGAGACUCCAAGCUAGACUCCCGCCUGGCUCGCCUCGUCCGCGCCCACGCGCAGGUCCUCACCAUGGACGUGUUGGCCGACCAGCUCGUCGUGUUCGGAGCUGACGCGCUCGUCUCCAUAUACGAGCUCACCAGGAUCGAUAACAUGGGGAACGUAGAGGUGCGCUGUGUGCAGGCGGUGGACGUGUCCGCUCUGUCUCACCCGGCCUGCGUGCUACAGGCCUCCCUCUGCCGGCUACAGGACGCACCAGAUUCCUUGAUAAUAAACGCUAGUGGAAAACUGAUGAUGGUCCAAAGAGAAGAAUACGACGUCGACGAAGACAAUAACCCGGCUUAUAGCUGUCUUCCAGCGACAGUACUGGCCUCAUGCGUGGAGAGCGUGUGGUCUGGCAGUGGCACGGGCACGCAGACUCAGCUCUCUAGAGCUUUGUGGCUAUGGUGUGGCUCGCUAGGGGCGAGGGUGUGGCUACCGCUUAUACCACGCGAAGCCACACGUCGGACCGACUCUUCACGACACACAUUCAUGGCUAAGAGGAUCAUGCUGCCUUUUCAUCUUGACAUAUACCCUCUGACAAUUCUAUUUGAUGACGCUAUUCUUCUGGGAGCCGAAAACGACACUACUCUAUACUCAUCGGAUUCAAACUUGGUCUUUUCGCUGCCGUUCUGUGUGAUCAAUAGGACGAGUCAAGUCUACUUGCACCAGAUCCUUCGUCAGCUGCUUCGUCGUAAUCUUGGCUAUCACGCGUGGGAGAUAGCUCGGUCCUGCGCCCAGCUUCCUUAUUUCCCCCACUCCUUGGAACUUCUGCUGCACGAGGUCCUGGAGGAGGAGGCCACCAGUAAGGAACCUAUUCCCGACGCACAACUACCAAGCGUUAUAGAAUUCGUACAUGAAUUUCCCGUUUACUUACAGACAGUCGUACAAUGUGCAAGAAAGACUGAAAUAGCUUUGUGGCCAUAUUUAUUCUCUGCUGCUGGAAAACCCAAGGAGCUGUUCCAAGAAUGUUUGCAGAAGAACAUGCUCGAUACGGCAGCGACUUAUUUAAUUAUAUUACAGAACUUGGAGAGUUCAUCCGUGAGUCGUCAGCUGGCGACCCAACUCCUAGACACAGCCCUGCAACACCAGCGGUGGGACUUGGCCAGGGACCUCGUGAGGUUCCUUAAAGCCAUUGAUCCCAACGACGUGGACUCGCCGAGGAGUUCCAUGAACGUUCAGACGAAGUACGGUCAGGUGGUGCAGUCACAGACCGUCAGUCCCAACGCCGAGGAUCUGUCGGUCAUACUAGGCAGCAUGCAGUUGGCGGGUGGUCGCGGCCGUAGUUUCAGUACUACAGUAGCGCCCCGGGAGCCUUCGCCCCCCGCGGGCGCUUCCCAGCCGGCCGCUCGACGCUCCACUGCCGCCACCCCCGCGCCCGCCGCCGUCAAGAGGAAGAAGUCAGUACCAGCCACCAGUGAAAAAGAGGCCUACACUGGGACAGCUGAAGAAUUCUUCAUCGAUAUGAUGAUACAGAGACACGCUCGUCUGUUACUGUCUACGGCUCGUCUGGUGUCCCUGGGCCGGCUGGCGGCGUCCCUGGACCUGCACCUGGUGGGCUGGCUGGCCGGGGAGAAGGAGAGAGCGGCCAGGGUUGACAACGCUGUGCUAUGUCUCAAGAGACUACAUGAAGACUUCAACUGGCCCUACCCGACCCUCACCGAGGAACAGGUCGCCGAGAUAGAGAGCAGCAUCGGUCCCAUGUUUCCUGCUCGCGGUGACAGCCAGUGCGGGGAUAGUGGCUACUUGUCGCUGUCCCUCCGAGCCCCCGACCACGCCGCAGCACCACCAGCGCCGCUCAGUUCCGUCGGUGAGUGCAGCGUUGCGGAGGGCGGUGCUGCGGCGUGGGGGGAGGAGUUAGCGGAGGAGGGGAGAGACGGUCUGGGGUGUUCGGGGCCGGGGGGAGUGGGGGGAGACCCGCACGAGGAGCGGCGGUACGUCGCGCUCAUGGAGAAACUACACCAUCACCAGGCAGAGAGGGGGGACCACACGGCGCGUGUACAACUCGGUUAUUUCCUGCAGCUGAUGAUGGAGGCUAGUUGUGUGGAGUGGGCGCUGGUGUUGUCGGUGGCGCUCCGGGACGCGCUGGCCGUCCUCCGCUGUACGAACGCGGCUCGCGGAGCGGACGUGUCGCCCGCCGCCGCCGCCCGCCUCCGGGACGCACACGUGCAGCUCCGGAUGUGGGCCGACACAGACUGCGUCGGCUACAGACCGUUCAUGUUGGCCAUAAGUAACCAGAUCCCGGUUCUAACGUCCAUUGUCAACGCUGGCAAUCCCGCUACAUUCGUGACGAACGAGAAGAGAGGUAGGUCGUCCAGGACCAGCUCGGUGUCGGAACUUAAGCAACAGGAAGCGAAACAUCCCGCGCCUAAGAAAGCACAGGAAAUAACUAAGCAAGUCAGAAAAGACUCGCCCGUCACAAUGCCGGAACCGGAAGACCCCAUGAAUAUGACACGACCGACGCUACAACACACAGAAGAAGCGUCUAACUGUGCCAUUAUGUGAAUUGACAAUUUAGAAUUAUGUAUCACUGAAGUUCAUAAAAUUUGACACUAAAAAAUAAACCCAUGAGACGUUUUUACAGAUUAGCGUUUUUUUAAACGCUCGUUUAUGCAUUAUCUUAAACUGAUUCAUCUAGAAAAAAGAUCUUGAAACAAAUGAUAUUCAAUAAAGUAUUUGUGGUGCCUCGUUUAAUGUUAAUGAUUUUUCUUUGUAUUGAACUCGCAAUCGUUAAAUUAAUAAACAAGUAGCACUAAACAUAUCAGCAGUUAAAAUUGCAAUAAAAAUUAAGGUAGGUAUGCUAUAAUAUAAAUUUUAAGUCGCCUACAAAUAUGCCUUAUGACGUUUUAUUGUUAAAAUUCAAGAUAAACAGAAGCCCCUGUCAACACUUUGAUUUUUUUAUAAUUUUGAGUUAUUUAAUCAAUGGUUACAAAACGGUUUAUUUCUUAGUUUGUUCCUGUUAAGCUCCUGUUAUGGAAACCUUCAAAUGAGUACCAACUAGGAUAAUUUUGUAUUUAUUAAUCCACUACUUAUUACAAAUCUUUUAAAAAGAUGCCAUUCAUUUAAUUUAAAAAAAAAAUGAAACAAAUGUGUUCCUUGCAUGUGUGAUUUUUUUUACAUCGAAGUUGAUUUUUUUUUAAAUUAUUUUCUGCAAUGUUACAUCUUCAUACUCUAAUAACCGCAUCUAUACAAAUAAUAACACAUCUCAUUUUCAACCAUAACGCUAAUGGAAUAAGGAUCAAUAAAAAGCAAUAACAUCAUAUCAGGAGGUUUUUCUUCAAUGAAUAUAGUAUAGGUUCUAAAUUAAUGUUUUACUUACUACUAUAAAGGUGAGGGCGUUAGGUCAAAUUUAUAAAUUAUUUUUGUACACAAACAUUAUAAAAUAUUUUUUAAAAUUUUCUUUCAUUUUAAAUUUAUUCUAGUCUUAUUUAGUUGUAACUUCAACUAUAAAUCAUUUUAAUUAUAUUCAUUCGAUUUAUAAUUAUAAAAAAAAAAAAAAAAAUAACCUGUAUAUCAAAUGGCCUUCUAACAUUAAGCACGGAUCUGGACAAGUAUAUACUCCUGAUAAUUGAAGUGUAAUUUAAAUAACUAAUAAUGUUCCUACAACAAAACGUAGACAAAAAGCUAUUAGGUAGUUUGUGAAUUUUAUAUGUAUUUAUAUAGAUCUAUCGCUGGUGUUGUGAGCCCAUUUGUAAUACAAAAAUAUUUAAAAAAAGAAAUUGUCUUCCCGGCUGAUAUUAAAGUUAAUAAUAAAUGUUAGUGAUGAUUAAAAAUAAUAAAAAAUAGACAGUAAGUAGUUUAGAUAAUAGAUUUAAUACAUUUUCAUAUGUUAAAUAAAUGUCUCGAUGAAUUAUGCAGCACCAAUGUCAUGUCACUUAAGAAGGUUUAAAAAACUUUUAGAUAUCUAGAUUUCAUUACAUUUAGGAUGUGGUCAAUGAAGAGAGAUAUUUUUUUUAAAUCUUUAUUAAAUUUAUAUAAACAAAAUUAACCUAUUGGUAAAGCAUUAUAUGUAUCUUUUAGUGUUUUUAAGCCAUUUCUACAUUCAUCUUUACUUUUUAAAAUAUUUUUUCUCCUUUAUUGGCCGUAUUAUGUUUAAAAUUAAACUAUUAUAAUUUCAAAGUAAUAUUCUUGUUAUAUUUACGUUAGAUUCAUAACUUAGUCAAGUAACAAUGUUCCAGUGACUAAAAACAUAAGAAAAAUAUUAUUCGAUUGUAUUAAAGAAAAAUACGAACACGCAUGGUUGAAGUAAUAAGAAUGGCUUAUAUUAAAGUUAUGUUAUAUGUUGCUCAAGAUAAUAAUCUCCUACAUAAAGAUAUUUUCGACUCAUUAACUCACCGAAUUGUUUUUCCCGCCAUCAAGGUGCCAAACUCCAACGAAACGCUUUUUUUUUUUGACAUCGUAUAGUACAAACACUUUUAACAUUAUAUCAUUUUUAGGUUAUUAUUAUUUAUUAAUAUUUUAAUUUUAGGAUAUCAAUACUAAUAUUAUAAUAAUCAACAGAGAAUGCCGAAGGGUAAAUAUUAAUGGUGUUUUUUAGUACUUUUCAUUAGAUUGAUGUUGUUUUAUAAUAGGUUUAGGUAAAAAAAAUUAAAGAAAUUAACUAGGAAAUUUAUACGUCACUGUUCGUGAUUCGACAUAAUCUCACAUUCCAAUAUGUAGUUAUUGCUAAUAUUAUAUAAAAUUAAGGAUACAUUGUUGUUAGGGAUGUCAAUUGUGUAAAUGAUUAACCGUCUACGACAGAACAGGUGCUAAUACUGAUGAUAUGUUAAUUAAAUUCUUAUCUUAUGUUUACGAUAUUUCGUGAUUAUAUAUGUAACAAUAAUUUUAGUGAACUUUCAUACAAUUUCCUAAUUAUUAUAUAUUACACAUGUCAGAUAUUAUUAUUAAACAAUUUUAUAGUAAUGA